AUGUCAAGUGAUUGGGUAGAAGCGAUUGCAGAUGGUAAAAAGUUUUAUUAUCAUAAAGUUACAAGAGUCAGUGUUUGGGAAAUACCAGAAGAUUUAAAAUCACCAGCACCAUCAUCUAAUGAUUCAAAUUCAAAUAAUCAACCAGUUAUCAUUGGUGAUUGGAAAGAAUAUAAAACAGAUAAAGGUCAAAAAUAUUAUUAUAAUACAAUCUCAGGUGUAAGACAAUGGGAUGCACCACCUGAAUUUCAACAAAAAUUAGCUUCAACAACAACAUCAACAUCAACAUCAUCACCACAACUAUCAUCUAGUGGUUCAACAACAAUUACAACUCCAAUACAACCAAUUACAACCUCAGCAACACCACAACAACCACAACAAGUAAAUAGCAAUAAUAAUAGUAAUAAUAAUAAUAAUAAUAAAGAUUUAAAAGAAUCUAAAGAUUCUAAUAUAAAUACAAAUAAUUUAGAUACACAACAGCAGCAGCAGCAACAACAACAACAACAACAACAACAACAACAACAACAAAAUAAAGAAGAUCCAAUUCAAACAUUUAAAAAUUUAUUAACAGAUAAUUCAAUUAGUUCAAUAUGUACAUUUGAGAAAGCACUUAAAUCAAUUGCAAAUGAUGAGAGAUAUCAAGUUUUAAAGACAAUGAGUGAACGAAAACAAGUAUUUUUAGAUUACCAAGUUGAUAGAAAAAAAGUUGAACAAGAAGAAAAGAGAAAGAAAGAAAAGAAAGCCAAAGAGGAUUUCAUUCAACUAUUACGUGACAGUAAAGAGGUAACACCACUAAUGUCAUGGAGAAGAGCAUCACUCUAUUUCGAAUCGGAACCACGUUGGGAAGCAAUAGAGAGUGAACGUGAACGUGAAUCAUUAUUACAUGACCAUAUUCAAGAAUUGGAACAACAAGAAAAGAAUCAAUUAAUGUCAAUUAAAAAAGAACAAAUGAAAAUUUUACGUCAAAAAUUAGAAUUGGAUCCUUCGAUAACCGUUUUCACUCAAUGGCGUAAAGUUAGAGAUCAAUUCGAAAAUGAUGAUGUCUUUCAAGUACUUGAUAAAUUCGAUUUCUUAACAGUAUUUGAAAAUUUCAUACGUGAUUUAGAAAAGAAAUUAGAUGAUCAAAAAAGAUUAGAAAAAGAAAAAUUAAAAAAAGAUUCAAGAAAAGAUAGAGAUAAUUUUAGAGAAUUAUUAAAUGAAAAAUUUAAAAAUGGUGAAUUACAUGCAUUAACAAAAUGGAAAAUAUUUAAAUUAAAUAAUGAAAAUCAUCAAUCAUUUAUUAAUUUAAGUCAAAAAUCAAUUGGUUCAACACCUUUAGAAUUAUUUUCAGAUUUUAAGGAUGAAUUAGAGAUAAAAUAUGAAAAUGAUUAUAAAAAAUUAAAAGAGAUAUUAAAAGAAACAAAUUUUAAAUAUUCACCUGAAUCUACAACUUUAGAAUCUUUAAAAUCUGAAUUUUCAAAACAUUCAAAUUAUAAUUUAAUUCAAGAAUUUAAUUUCUUACCAUAUUUAGAAUAUUUAAAAUAUAAAGAAGAAAGUAGAGAAAAGAAUUUAGCAAAGAAAAAGAAGAAAAGAAUUUCACAAUUUAAAAUAUUAUUAACAGAAACUAAAGUAAUAAAUAAAUCAUCACAAUGGUCAGAUAUUCAACCAAUUAUUGAAUCAAAGAAAGAGUAUAUAGAUUUAGGUGAUGACCAAGAACGUUUAAGAAUAUUUAAAGACUAUAUUGAAUUUUUAGUUCAAAAUGCACUAGAUGAAGAAGAGGAUGGCAAUGAAGAGGGUGAAUUAGUUCUUUCACCAAAGAAACCAUCAAAUGAUCAAUCAUCUUCAAAGAAAAGACGAUCUUAUAUUGAUAAUUUAGAUGAUGAAGAUCGUUAUGGUACUGGUAGUGGAAGUGGUAGUGGUAGUGGAGGUGGUAGUGGUGGUAGUAGUAGUGGAGGUGGUAGUGGUAGAGAUAGCAGAGAUAGCAGAGAUAGAGAUCGUGGUAGUGAUAGAGGUGAUAGAAGAGAUGAUAGAGACAGAGGUAGAUCUUCACAUAAAAAAGAGAAAAGAUAA